AUGCUUUCUCGACGCCUCGUGACCGGGCGGUUGGCCCAAACCGCCUCCAGCUACGCCCAUCCCCGCGCUGCCUUUUCUCAAUUCAGAGCCCUUCGCGCUCAGGCCGAGGAUGAUGACCCUCAUCUUAAUGGAAACUACCCCAACCCUCCGGCCGUGAAGCGCCAAUUCCGCGACCCCAACGCCGACUGGUGGGAUAAGCAAGAAAGACGUAACUUUGGCGAGCCAGUGCACGAGGAUAACGAUAUUCUCGGUGUUUUCAGCCCUGAGCAGUAUACUCACGUCACAUCCAACAAGGCUCUUUUGUCGAUUGGAACCUUCGUUGUUGGCUUCCUCGGUCUGUGCGGGUUGGUCAGCUUGUACUAUCCUGACAAGCCAUCCAGUCCACGAACAUUCCCCGAAAAUGGACUCGAGAAAGAGCUCGGUGGCCCCGGAGCUAUUCGCGCUCGCAAGUCCGGAGAGGAGACAUGUCCCCUGUACAAUAAAAGCUUCCCAACCGGCAUCAAGGGCUACAUCACACACCCAUUGCAUCACAUGUCGACAGCUUCUAACCGGCCAAGCGGUAUCAACCGCAAAUUGACCGACCUCCAGAAUGAGGCCAGACACUCACAUUCUCGCAGUCUGUCGAACUCUCGCCGGAGACUUCUAAGCUCCGCCGAUGCCUAUUCGUAUGCUCUCCGAGUCGCCUUUCUGUCGCACUUGCUUCAACCUCGAGCACGACGCACGCAAACCGUUACGCAAGCAUCGACCCAUACUCGCCGUUCAUCUUCUUCGUUCCAGGACCUGCUGGGGGACUUUGUUCGCUUGAGAGAUACAAAAAGCACAAGGUUUCCCCAUGGCUUCAUCGCAGAGCUAGAAAAGAGGCUUACGGGCAUACUCAUGGGCAAGGAGAGAAGGAAAGAGUAUCAGGAUCAUGUGGUUAUACGUUCCUUUGCGGUCUUUCUCAAUGCCCUGAAGGACCCCUCUUUCAAGCGGCGAAUGGAGGCAGACCGCCGUGUUGAAGAUCUUGUCCUUAUCUUCUUUUCGAAUGCCACAAAGGAGCUAGGGAAAGGUAAAGAUCACUCGGAUGACAGCUGGAGCCUCAUGGUGGAUAGACAUGUCGCACUUUUCGUCCGUCUCAUCACACUCAUUCUCAAGGAACACGAUUGGGCCAAGGAUAGACCAGAACUCACCAGCAGGCUGGCGGUGUUAGAGUCAAAACUCCUAUCUCACGACCAAGACCUUGCCGAAACGAACGGAUCAUCCAAAACAAUCGAGACGCUUGCGCCGAUCAGCUACGAUGUUAAAGAUAUGCCGUUGGUACAAGUAGUUGCGAGGAUAUUUGGAAUCAGUACUUUCCAAGCGCAGGAUGACAUCAACCGGAACAAAAAUGAUUGGACUGGGAAAGCUGCUCUUCAGGACCUGAAGAACUAUCAAGCGCACUUGACAUUAAAAACGGGGAAAACAUUGUCUAGAGACGACUUCCCUGACGACGAGUCUUAUGAAAUUUGGAAACGGGGUGAAGGGCCGGACCUAUCGCAAAUGAUGCUGGCGAUUGUGCAGUCAAAUCCAGAACUUGCGAAAAGUACAAAUGGUGCUUCUUUGCCACAAUUCAUAUCGCAGGACUCGGUCAACUCUACCUUUUCUGAGCUGUCAUCUCCAACUUCCAACAGGUCGAAUCGUAUCUCGUAUGUCAUUGAUCAACCUAUUGACUUGAGCUCUUUGUCGCUAGUCGAUGGCGCAGAGCCCGAUCACGUCUAUACUUUCAUUCCCUCAGAUCCGAGAUCCCUCUAUCGGGCAAUUUUGUCUCGCGCUUUGAUGUAUGACCUUCAAGAUCAGCAACUGGAAGCCACAGAAGCAACUUCUGAUGUUCCAUCUCUGAAGCUAUUAUCAAAACAGUCGACAGAACUACUAAACGAGAUAUGCUUACGCUGGCGCAUUCCGGCUUCCUCUCGGGUUGUUCUAUUUCUAGAUGUCAUUCGCGAGAAGUUUGUGGAUCAGCAAAUUGAUAUCAAAACGGUCGAUGCUGCUUUCACUUUUAUCAAGCAGGUGCCGGCUCAGGAAGGAAAGAAGAGAAACAGUCUACUAGCUUCUGUUGUAUUUGAAAGGAAUCGUUGGAUUCUGCCGGAUAUCUCGUUGAUGCGUGAUCUCUUAUCCGCGUUACAGGAAGCCCUCUUGCGAGAGCUAUAUGAUGUGAUGAUGCAUUGCUACGAUGCAAAGCCUCACCCUAUAGGUCCAGUCAUGUACAUAUUGGACAAUCACGUCCGACUUGACCCACAGUUUGAAGACACUCCUGACAAGUUGGAAGGAUUUGCCAAGUACGUCGAAGAGGGUCUCACUGAGAAGGCCAAAGAAUGCUACCAGAGACUCCUUGAUGAAGCCAUUCCGGCCGAUCAUAUGCAAUGGGAAGCUUAUAAUGUCGCCCAGCUGGGGGAGUCUAUCAUGCAGCUAGCAAAGAAAAUUAAGAAGCGCUACAAGAACAAUCCUGUAAUCAUGGGGGUGAAUCCACUGGACAUUCUACUCAGCUGUAUACUCCCAAUGUACGCAAACGAUGCUCACGAGAUUAUUCUUCGGCUUUUGGAACGAGAAAAGGAACAAGGCUCAGAGAUUCCCGUGCAGGAUGGCUUUGAUCUUUACAAAGGGUUGUCUGAUGUCAGACGUCUCCAUAUAGAAUCACUUCCAGGUGUCCCGUUUUCUGUCCCGGUGGAAAGGCUACUUUCCGACUUCGUAUGGCGCUGGAUUCAAGGUACUGAUGCGAAAUUUAUGGACUGGAUUGAACAGGCUGCCAAACAGGACACUUUCAACGUCCGGAGCGAUGAUCCAAAUGAUCUUCCACCCGAUGACAAGCGACACAGUGUCUCUGCGAUUGAUAUAUUCCGUUCGUUCAAUCAGGUUGUCGACGACAUGAAGAACUUGCGGUGGGAGGAUGAUGUCCAGUAUGCGAAAUUCAUGACAGCCUUAUCCAAAUCGAUUGGAAAAGCCAUAGCCCGAUAUUGUGAGUUACUCGAACAAGGCUUUACCAGAGAGAUGGAUCGGCUGUCUCCGGAUCAGGAAGCUUCUGCGGUUCAGUCAAGACAGGAAAAGUUUAUGCAAAUGGCGAAGGAUGCUUGGGCCAACAAGGAUAAGAUCGAGCCGUUCCAAUUUCUUCCAGAGUCACUCGUCAAGCUGAACAAUAUUGAAUAUGCCGUCGCGCAGCUCGACAAGUUGGAAAAAGAGAUCGACGUGGAUGGUUGCGCAGACAUAAUUGCUAGGAAUACACCGCCCAUCACACAGCAAAAGAUUCGCAAAGCGACCACUUAUGUCUUCACUGUGAAAAUCGUCGAAGGAGAAGAUUUGAAGGCUUGUGAUAUUAACGGCUGGAGCGACCCGUAUGUCGUCUUGACGGACGAAUAUCAAAAACGUAUAGCCAAAACUCAUAUUGUCUACCGCAAUCUGAAUCCUCGAUGGGACGAUACCGUUGAUAUCACAACCAAAGGUCCGCUGAACAUCAUUGCCACCGUCUGGGACUGGGAUGCAGUUGGAGAUCACGACUAUGUCGGCCGGACAUCGCUCAAACUAGAUCCCGCGCAUUUCAGUGAUUUCCUUCCUCGAGAAUUCUGGCUUGAUCUGGAUACUCAAGGACGAGUUCUAAUACGCGUGAGCAUGGAAGGUGAACGAGAUGAUAUUCAAUUUUACUUUGGCAAAUGCUUCCGAACAUUGAAGCGAACUGAGAAAGAAAUGACUCGAAAGAUCACAGAAAAGCUUUCUGCCUAUAUCAGUCACAGUCUCUCACGUAGAGCUCUUAAAGCAAUGCUCAAUCGUGGACUUACCAUAUCCAGCUUUCUCAGCCGAAAUCGUACCGGAAAUACCUCGACAAUGCCAACACAGGAUGAAAUUGAAGCAGCCCUGGACCCUCUCUUUACCUAUUUUAACGACAACUUUGAAAUUAUGAACAAGACACUGACUUCCGAGGCUAUGAAGAUGGUCAUGGCUCGACUGUGGAAGGAAGUACUAGUGACUAUCGAGGGCCUACUCGUCCCUCCACUUUCGGACAAACCUUCACAUCAAAGACCUCUUACACAACAAGAAGUUGAUAUCGUCUCUAAGUGGCUAGGCUUACUUUUGACCUUCUUCCAAGUCCCCGAUGAAGUAACUGGUGAAUCCAAUGGUGUCUCUUUGGAUAUCCUGAAAUCGCCCAAAUACCACGAGAUCCAGUCUAUGAUCUUCUUCUACUUUGAGUCCACAGACACCCUCAUUCGAACAUCGGAACGAAUGGCCUCGGCAAAUGCUGCACGACAACAAAGUAACAAGAACAAAUUACUGGCACCCGGCGGACCCGGCAGCAUCGGCGGACCAGGAGGCAUGCUGGGCGUCCCUGUCCGGCGCGCAAAGAGCGUCAUGUUCGUCCGUAACAUGGGCACAAUGCGCAAAGCCAAGGCCGAGAAAUGGCGAGAAGCACAGGCCGAUCCCAAUGAUGACAUGAUCUUGAGAAUCCUCCGCAUGAGGCCCGAAGCAGCUGGCUAUUUGCGUGACCGCAGCCGACAAAAGGAGCGAUUGGCGGCCGCCGCGGCUGCAGAUGCGAUUGUGAAACAGAGUCUGGUAGCUAGUAGUGGAGGACGAAUGGCGGGGACAUUGGGGGGKGGACGAUGGUAA